AAGAGGAGGAGGAGGAGGAGGAGGAGAAGGAGAAGAAGAAGAAGAAGAAGAAGAAGAAGAAGAAGAAGAAGAAGAAGAAGAAGAAGAAGAAGAAGAAGAAGAAGAAGAAGAAGAAGAAGAAGAAGGUGGUAUUGUAAAACUAAGGGGGCUGGAGAUAUGGCUAAGUGAUUGAGAGGUCCUAAGUUCUUGCACCCACAUCGUGGCUUAUAACCACCUGUAACUCCAGUUUCAAGGGGACCAGUACCCUCUUCUGGCUUUUUUAAGCACCAGUUUCCGGCUGCAGCUUCAAAAGAACAAAUACUCAAAACAAAGGAAGUGGUCCUCAACUGCAGGAAGCAGGAAGCUGUAGCUGCUGGGUCCUCGGCUGAAGCCCAGGGGCAGUGGGAUGGAGUCCGUGGCCCUCUACAACUUCCAGGCCACCGAGAGUGAUGAGCUGGCCUUCAACAAGGGGGACACGCUUAAGAUCCUAAACAUGGACGAUGAUCAGAAUUGGUACAAGGCCGAGCUCCGAGGAGCCGAGGGUUUUGUUCCCAAGAACUACAUCCGUGUAAAGCCACACCCGUGGUACUCAGGCAGGAUUUCCCGACAGCUGGCUGAAGAGACUCUGAUGAAACGCAACCACCUAGGAGCCUUCCUGAUCCGGGAAAGCGAGAGUUCCCCUGGCGAGUUCUCAGUUUCUGUGAAAUCUUCCCAGAACGGGGCCUGCUCCAAAGGUGGGGGCAGGUCUGAGGUGUUGGGUCCCCCUCCCCGCAGCUAUGGCGACCAGGUGCAGCACUUCAAAGUGCUUCGAGAGGCCUCGGGGAAGUACUUCCUGUGGGAGGAGAAGUUCAACUCCCUCAACGAGCUGGUUGACUUCUACCGAACCACCACCAUCGCUAAGAGGCGGCAGAUCUUCCUGUGUGAUGAGCAGCCGCUGAUCAAGCCGCCCCGGGCUUGCUUUGCCCAGGCUCAGUUUGACUUCUCGGCACAGGACCCAUCUCAGCUCAGCCUCCGCCGAGGUGACAUUGUCGAAAUUGUGGAGUGUGAGGACCCACACUGGUGGCGGGGCCGGGCAGGCGGGCGCCUGGGCUUCUUCCCACGGAGCUAUGUGCAACCGGUACACUUGUGACCCCACAAGACCAGAGGAGCGAUGCUCUGGGCUCAGAUUCUUCACACUAACCAGGACCGAUGUUGGUCACCACCAGGCUGGGAGCAGAGGCUUCUGGCCUGACUGCUUCCCAUUGGUCUCUGGGUUUGUGCUAUCACCUGCCAUUGACAAGGCCCAUCCUCUCCAGACUUGAGGACCAACUGCUAAUGGCUUGGGCCCAGCUCAGAAAGUGCUUCCCUUGAGCAGCCAUCUGCUGCCCAUCUUCCAAAGGCCUUUCAGGUUGUGCAAGUUACUGGGAACUGGCUUAGCCCUGAGCAAUGUCAACUUCCAUAAGAGUACAAAGUUCCUCCCACUCCAACAGCUUGGGGCCUCCUGGCCUUGCCCACCAGCAUUGGAAUGAGGUUAUAUAGAGGUGAAUCCUGUUGGAAGAGGCCUGAUAGGCAUGGAAGCAAUGCAGUGGGUCCCUUCCUGUUGGCUACAGGCAGAGCCCAGCUUGGAGGCCUUGGCUAUGCAGGUUCAGGAGGAACAGCCAGACAGCUGGCAUCAAGUGAAUGUACAGUGCAAGGGGGUGGUGCCUGGCCAUGGAGGAAUCCUGAGCUGCUGCUACCCAGAGUCAGAGCACCUUCAGAUUGGGAAUACUGAGUCAGACUUGGCAAGGCCUGGUGGGCUUUGGGGAAGACAGACAGACAGACAGACAGACAGAGAAAGAAAGAGAGACAGAGAGAGAACUUCUGUGGUGAGUCCAGGGCUGUUCUAAGACCCUCCAAGCUAUGAGCCUGGCAUACCCUAAGCUCCCAACCUGUACCUGCCAUAUUCAAAAUAAAACAUUUACCAGUGGA